GUGAGGCAGAAAGUUCACCUCAGCACCUUUGGCUUCUUCAAGAGUGCGUUCGUGAUGGUCAAUGUCAGCAACCUUUCACUGAAGGGACCUUGGAGCCUUGAUGACAAGAGCAACUCAGCAGUGACAAGUCCAAAAGAAGCAUAACAGCAACUCAGAAUGUAAUGGAGCAAGUGCACCAUUUUCAUAAAGAUAAAGGAACUGUUUCAUUCCAGUUUUAUUUUAAUAUCAGCUCUGAAAAUGAAGAAGGUCUGUACACUUUCUUCCACAAGUGUGUUGGCAGUGUUGUGCAGACCAGUGAUCAGCUCCUAUUGAGCCUUGAUAUACAGAUCAAGGAAAAGAACCCUGAAAGUUACCUCUCGGCGGGUGAGAUCCCACUUCCAAAGCUCUACAUUUCUAUGGCUCUCCUCUUCUUUCUUUCUGGGACCGUGUGGAUCCGCAUACUUCGUAAAUGCAGGAAUGAUGUGUUUAAGAUUCACUGGCUAAUGGCAGCCCUCCCUUUCACAAAGUCUCUGUCCUUGAUGUUCCGUGCAGUAAAUAUUCUCUAUUUGUUUCUCCCAUAUGGGGGAAGUGGAACAAGUAUAUCGGGGUGGGGAUCUGUGUAUCACUGCUAUAUUUGUUCCUUUUUCAGGCUGAAGGACCUUCUGCUGUUCAUCACCAUCAUACUGAUCGGCACUGGCUGGGCUUUCAUUAAACACCUUUCAGAUAAAGACAAAAAGGUCUUUAUGAUUGUCAUCCCGCUACAGGUCCUGGCAAAUGUGGCAUACAUCAUCCUAGAGUCAACAGAAGAGGCAACAACUGACCAUGGGCUGUGGAAACGAAUUCUAUUCCUGGUAGGCCUACUGUGUUGUGGAGCCAUCCUAUUUCCACUAGUAUGGUCACUAAAGCACCAGGAGGCCACACAUUCAUUUGGUGAUGCUGCUAUUAUCCUAGCAAAGCUGAAGCUGUUCAGACAUUACUACAUUAUGAUUGUAUGUUACAUUUACUUCACACAGGUCAUUCCAAUUGUCGUCAAGUUUGCUGUUCCAUUCCAGUGGAAAAUUUUAUUGCAGCUGUUGGAUGAAAUGGCAACGUUUGUGUUCUUUGUUCUUACGGGGUACAAGUUCUGUCCGGCAUCAGGUAACCCUUACCUACAUCUCUCUUAGGACGAUGAAGAUGACUUGAAGGUGGAAGUUGUGUAA